UUCUCUUCCCCAGACGCGGCGAAUUACCGCCAUAUUCGCGUGGUAAACCAGCGGAAAGACCGGACGAGACGUCAGGAGACGAUUGUGAGUCCUCGGAGGGUAGUGGACAUUUCUGAGACGAACGCCCUUGAGCAUCGCGACCACCCAACGACGAACCAUCACUGGGCCCGUCAUGUUCUCCCAGGCUAUCCGCGAAAACAGUCGUCUCCCGAUCGCUGUCAUCCGCGCCAUGCGAAAACUCAAAGAGCGGGCUCUGGGGGGAGGGUUCGUCAGGUUGUCCCUCACUCUUAUUGGACUGGAGGAGCACGGAGGUUUUGAUGACCAGCAGCCGCACAUUUCCCGUGUGUAACAGCGGGAGCUCCCUUCCUGGAAGACAUUGGACCUACAACCCAAAAAGACAGGGGCCGUGUUAGGUGAUGGUUAGAAGGUAUACUCAUUUGAAGUAUCCUACCUCGACUGAGAUCUUCAGGUCUGCCGGCUGGCCUAGAUCACCAGACCAUGUCCCGCGAAGCUCGAGGUUUUUAGAUUUCAGGGUGUUACGGCGAGAUCCCUCGGCUGGGUUGUCUGCCAUCUCGUCCGUGGUGUUUCCUGCCGCGCUGUGGGAUGAAGAGGACGCGAUCCUAUGUGAGAACGGGGGAGCUCACGAGUUAGAAGAGAAGAUACUAGGUAGAAAGAUGAUUAGGGUGACUCACAAAACUGAAAGUAAAAGUCCAUGGAAUGGCAGGAAUAACGAGGAAGGAAAGUGAAG